UGCAUCCAUAAACAUCGGUACAAAACGAUAUCUUAACCUAUUUAUUAGCUCAUGUCGACCAAUAGUGGUUCCAAAUAAUUUAAAUAGUUGUUAAAGUAAUUUAGUAAAAUGUGUAAGAAAUUUUUGUAUUUUGCGUAUGGAAGCAAUAUGUUAAUGAAAAGAAUACAUAUUAAUAAUCCAACUGCUGUACGUAAGGACAUUGGUAUUUUAAAGAAUUUCAGACUCGACUUCCUAACUCAUUCAAAGAGAUGGGGUGGAUGCUCUGCGACAAUUGUUCCAACAGAACGUUAUAAGGUAUGGGGAGUGAUUUGGGAAUUACAUAAAGACAACCUUCCUACAUUAGAUUGUCAAGAAGGUGUUGCAGAUAAAUUGUACUUUCCUCUAAUGGUUGAAGUAGAAACGCCUAACGGCAAUGUUUUAAACUGUAGAGUAUACCAGCAAUGUAAUAAUCCAGACGACCACAUGAAAUUACGUUUAUUACCAUCUCACAGAAGACCUUCGCCAUUGUAUAUAGGAACAAUAUUGAAAGGAGCGCAAGAAAAUCAAUUACCUUGCGAUUAUAUUAAAUUCUUAGAAACAAUACCUCACAACGAGUACAAUGGAGAAUAUGAUAUUGGCCUGCCUUUGAAAGAAGUUUAGUCUCAACGAUCUUUUUGUUCACCAAACGUCGUUGGAUUUCUGGAUCGUUCAUCAUCGAGUCCAAGGCUUCAUCGACUAGCAAUUUAUCCAAUUUGUAUUUAGGUAUUUUAAUCUUUUUAUGGCAU